AUGAUUAACACAUUCUGGGUAAUAACCUUGAGCGUUAUUUACGUUGUUUCUGGAGCGUUCGAAAAGCAUCCGUCUUAUGACUCACCAGUUGAAAUAAUCAGCCCACAGUCUGAAGAAGCUAAAGUGAGUUGGUUUAAAAUUUUGAAAUAUUUAAAAAAUUUUUAAAAAAGUUUAGAAAAAUUAACAGGGGAGACUACGUUCAACUUUUUUACAAAAAUAAUUUUAAUUUUUUACUACUUUUACAUUUCCACCAUUACAGAACGUAGUAAAAGACGCAGUAACCUACGCCAACGCUCUCCUCUACCCAAAGACCAAGCCUCGAGCUCUAGUCCAAAUCCUCGAAGUCGCAAAACAAAAUUCAAAUGGAAUUGACUACCAAAUCCGACUAGUCCUCGGCACCUCGCAAUGCCCAGACGCCAAACAACAUUACUGCGGCUUGGGCCACAUUGUUGAUGUGGACAUUGUGUACAUGUUCAGAGCAGCUAAACCUUCUACGAAAGAGUCCAGAUUCAGAGUGAUUCAACUUAACCAUGAAAGAUGCCCAGCUCCAAUUCAACAUGCUGGCGCUUUUGGUCAAAGUAUGAUUCCUAUUCCGGGCUUUGAAGUUGGACCAGUACCUGUUGGACAAAAGAGUGCACCAGAGAGUGCUGCUCCUGGAUUUAGACAAGUCUCGAGGAACAAUGAAGCGGUUCAGGAGAUUGGAGGGGGUGGUCCUCCUGGAUUGUAA